AUGAAAUGCGCAUGCGCACAUCUCCUCCGCCAGCGGCUCCUGGGCAGCAGCCUGCGGACUGCGCACGCGCGCGCGCGGUGUGCGGCGGUCGCCGUGGAGACGCGUGGCACUAGCCUGGCUCUAGCCUGGCCCUCGCCCCGCGAGCCUCCGGCUCAGCCGCAGCGGGUCUCGUGCUGCCCCAGGCGCGGGGGGCGGCCCCGCGGGCGGACGGACUGCGGCGGUGGGGGCGGGGCGUCGGGGGACGGCGAGGAGGAGGAGCGAGAGGGCUGCAUGGCGGCCUCGCAGGGGUCCAGACUGCCCCCCAUCUCGGGCUGCGCCUCAGAACUGCCCAAACGGAAGGUGAAGAAGAAAAAGAAGAGAAAGACCAAGGGGUCUGGGAAGGGGCGCGCAGAUAAACAUCAGAGUCGAGGCCUGAAGACUCAGGAGCUGUCUCCAUCCUUCCAUGACAUCUUAAGUCCCAGCAAAGAUCAUGGCCCGGGGCCAGAGCACAGACAGGACAGGGAUGAAAGCAAGCUCACCCCCUCUUACUCCCCCGCCGUAUGUCUCCCCUGCUUUGCCGAAAUAGAAGAGACCCUUUCCAACCAGAUCAACGAAAGUCUGCGUUGGGAUGGCGUUCUCGCCGACCCAGAGGCAGAAAAGGAAAGGAUUUGCAUUUACAAGCGGAACCGGAGGAAGCGGUACCAGGUUUGGGCCCUGAGGGGCCUCCACUCUGGCCCCGGUGACGAGGAGGCCCCAGAGAACCCAGCCUACCUCUCUGACCAGACGGCGGCAGCGGCGGCCGGCAGCCCUCGCUGA